AUGCGAUGCGGAACUGUUCUUGAAGAAUCAAUUGUUGUGGCUGAAAAUCAGUUUCAAGAGAGAUCUGGUGGUUCUGGUCACACUCUAGUCGGUCAAUUUGUAUCUCUUGAGCGCGGGCAAGCUCAGGCGCGAGCUGCCGCUCACGGAUUGGUCUCACAAGAAUCUCGAGAAGUCACUUUUGCGCGUGGCAGGAAACUCAUAGAAGAAAUAGCUAGUCAACUUCGAAUAAAUCAACAUUGCAUUGAUACAUCGUACAACUUUUUCAAGAUGUCAGUCAGUCGUAAUCUCACACGUGGACGCGUCAGGUUCUCCUUUCAUUAUACAGCUUGCUCUUUUUGCUACGAU